AACACCAACCAGCUAAGCAUAAAAAGGUAUGAUGUAGGUGGGUCCCCUGUUGUGUUCUUGUUGUUGAAAUUCUUGAUCAAAGUUGUUAGUAUUGAAUUUUUGAUUUUUGAGGAGUUUCCAAAGUACCAAAAUUUUUUAAGACAUUUGAAGCAUGUGGAGGAACUAUGGAGCUUCUGCUGAUUCAUUCUAUCAGGUCCGUCCUGAAUGUGCUGAUGAUGUUCCUGAAACCAAGUUUAGAAUCAAGGUUGGGAAAACCUUAAGUUCAAGAAGAUGGCAUGCUGCAUUUACCCCUGAAGGUUAUCUUGAUAUAGGCAAAAUACUUAGUCGAGUUUGUCGUGGGGGAAUCCAUCCAACAAUUAGAGGUGAAGUUUGGGAGUUCUUACUGGGCUGUUAUGAUUCAAAGAGCACAUUUGAGGAACGAGAGCAAUUACGACAACGUCGGAGGGUACAUUAUGCUGCGUUGAAAGAAGACUGUCGUGUGAUGUUUCCCUUAAUCGGAAGUGGUCGGUUUAUUUCUGCACCUGUAAUCACUGAAGAUGGUGACCCUAUUCUAGAUCCUAUAGUUCUUCAAGAGUUGAAUGCGGCAAAAGAACCAACUUCAGUUGGUCAAGUUGGUCCGUCUGAUGGUUUUGAAUUGGUGAAGGAGCAUGACAAAAAAGUAAUCCAGUGGAAACUCUCAUUACACCAGAUAGGAUUGGAUGUGAUUCGUACUGACCGGACACUUGUCUUUUAUGAGAAACAAGAGAAUCUAUCAAAGCUUUGGGAUAUUUUGGCUGUUUAUGCUUGGUUCGACAAAGAAGUUAGUUAUUGUCAAGGAAUGAGUGAUCUUUGUUCUCCCAUGAUUAUUCUACUUGAUGAUGAAGCAGAUGCAUUUUGGUGCUUUGAACGUAUGAUGAAGAGACUGAGAAAAAAUUUCAGAGCUACUGGGAAUUCUGUUGGAGUGGAGGCGCAGCUAAGUAAUCUAGCAUCAAUAACUCAAGUUAUCGAUCCCAAACUUCACCAGCAUUUAGAGACAUUGGGUGGAGGAAAUUACGUGUUUGCUUUUCGGAUGCUCAUGGUUAUGUUCCGUCGAGAAUUUUCUUUCGCUGAUUCGUUAUAUCUUUGGGAGAUGAUGUGGUCUCUGGAAUAUGAUCCAGAGUUGUUUUUUCUGUAUGAAGAAGACCCUGACUUGACUGCUGAAAAAUCUGGACGAGCAAAAGUUAAGUCGAUACGCCAGUAUGGGAAAUAUGAGAGAGAUAACAUGAGAAGUGGAGGUAAGGAUGCAGAAGCUCCCCUCCCAAUUUCUGUUUUCCUAGUUGCCAGCGUCCUGAAGGACAAGAGUGCGAAGCUAACAGAAGCUAGAGGACUGGACGAGGUUGUUAAGAUCCUGAAUAAUAUUACUGGAAACUUGGAUGCCAGAAAGGCUUGCAGUAGCGCUAUGAAACUUCAUAAGAAGUAUCUUAAGAAGGCAGCCAACACUAAUAGGUAGUCGAGCAGAGGCGAGUACUAUGGAGCUCAUGUGAUAUUCUCUCUGAACAUAAUGACAACAUCACCUCAUUGCUGGCCAAGAAGGUAUGACAAGAAUCUAUAUUCAUAUAUUUUGGGCUUGUCGAUGAACAUUAGCUGUUUUUGCUACUGUAGUUAUGAUGUGCUAAGACCUAAUAUCUUAGGAUUGUCGUAUUCUGUACGUGUGUAUUCAAUCCAAAUGUAAUGUACUAUGUAUACAAGGACACUCUUCCAAAGGUUGUACUAUAAUCUCAAUCAUGUUUCAGUAACAAAACAAUGCUUCAUCUUUG